AUGUAUCUUGCUUCAGCUUUUAUUUUUGAACUAGGACAAAAUUUUCUAAGAGAACUUCCACAUUCACUCAUGGCAAUGUAUGAUAAUAAAGUAUGUUGUAUCAUUGGUUUCAGACAUCUGGACGAGAAGAAAAAGAACUGCAAGGCUGGUAAGGUCGAGACUCAUCUUGAAUUCCCUGGAUGUGAAAAGGUUAAAUUUGGUGAAGUUGUCAAAGCUCCACCAAAGUUAUCAUUCCCAAAGGUGCCUUCUCUACUCAAAACUUUUUAUGUUAUUAGAUUUGGUCGGAUUCAUAUGAAGGGUUGA